AGAAUUAUCUCCCUUACAUUUAUGGUUUGGUCAAGAGCAAACUUCAAGAACAUGUGAUCAUCAAUCAGUAUGAUACGUCACAGUAAGAUUCAAAAAGAGGUUUUGUUAUUAUAUAGAGAAUUUUUAAAGAUUGGUAAACAGAAGCCUGGGAUUGACAGUUAUGUAAAAGUCCAAUUUAAAAAGAACGCAAAUAUUCCAAGGACAGAAACAUUACGUAUAGAGUACCUCAUUAGGCAGGGUAGAAAACAAUUGGACAUGUUGAAAAUGGAAGAUGUUCAAAAGAUGGGUGUAUUUGUAGAUGAUCAAUUGAAGAAAAAAUAAAUAACAGCGAAAUAUUUUAAACUUUGAUAAAAUGAUUAGGUUGAAUUUCCAUACUAUUGUACGCUGGACAUCCACUUUAGUAAAGCGUGAAGAUGUCCAUCAAAGAAUUAUUGGUAGUUUCCCAAACGAUGGAAUGCAAAUGGCCUUUGCCUAUGGAUCUGGUGUUUUUAAACAGACAGGACAUACUGACAUGAGUAAAAACAUGCUGGAUUAUAUUUUUGUUGUGGAUGAUCCACAAAAGUGGCAUCAGCAAAACAUUAAAAUGUAUCCCAAACAUUACUCAUUUCUGAGGUUUUUUGGUCCCAAAAGAGUAGCAAAAAUUCAGGAUAAUUAUGGGGCAGGAACAUAUUUUAACACCCUAGUUCAACAUGAAGGAACAUUAAUUAAAUAUGGUGUUAUAAGUACUGACCGUCUCAUUACAGAUUUAUUAGACUGGGAUACACUUUAUGUGAGUGGUCGACUUCACAAGCCGGUCAAACUUUUAGUUAUACCAACAAAUAAACAUUUAUUAUCUGCUAUGCACAUUAAUUUACAAAGUGCUAUGCAUGCUGCAUUGCUUUUGCUUCCAGAAUCAUUCACUGAAGAAGAGUUGUAUACAAAAAUAACAAGUCUGUCAUAUUCAGGAGAUUUUAGAAUGCAAUUUGGAGAAGAUAAAAAUAAAGUGUCAAAUAUUGUGAAACCGAACCUACCUUAUUUCAGGCAGUUGUAUGAAAAAAUAAUUGAGGGUGAAAAUCAUGUGAUCUGGCAUAAAGAUGAAAGUCGUCUAGAACAGUACCCAACACAUAUAUCACAAUUCCAUCAUUUAAAUCUCUUGCCAAAGUCAGUCCAUGUCAAUAUGGUGGUACUUCGUAAGCGAUCAGGUGGCCUACCAGACAUGGAGGAAAUUAUACGGAACUUGGCUCACGAGAGUCAUUGUGAUGACUAUGUUACAAGAAGCAUACAGAAAAUUGUCACCAAUUCUAGCUGGGGUCAGAGUAUUAAAACUAUACUUACUGCUGGGAUAGUCAAGUCUUUCAGAUAUAGUUUUAAAAAAGUCAAGAAAAUGAUAAAAGGGAACAAUAAAAAUUAGCAUAACAUUUAUAUCAUACUUACAGUACAUGUGUAUAUUUGUGUGCAGUUAUAAUAAAUACAUCUUUUUUUGUA